AUGAACAUCUCUGGAGUAGUUCCACCUGGGGAACCCCGGUCUCCUAGGACGGCGGGGCCUGCUAGCCAGAGCCGCAAACGCGGGAUGGGACGGACAGCUUGUUCGCGAUGCAAGACCAGAAAGCAGAAGUGUGAUGGCCAACUGCCCGUCUGUUCAAAUUGCACAAAGUCCGGAGCGACCUGCGACCUGCAAAAUGUCCGGGGCGAGGAUUUGGUUGUCGCAAAAUACAUUCGUGCACUGGAAAAUAAAGUGGCUGAACUCGAGAUUCAACUCCAGCAACACCAGUCUCCGCAGGCGCAGGCUGAAAACCCCGAUGCGAGUGCUUCUUCGCGUGGGACGCCGGGGCAGAUCAACAUCGGUGAUGUAGCAAAUUCACUAUGUCUCUCCCUCCCCGAUACAUCUUCGGGGAUGGACUUCUCCCAGUUUGCACUUCAUCUUGCCCUUAAUCUUGGAGAUGUCUCCCAAGACUCGGCGCGGAGGAAGGUGACGACUGGUCUCUCGGAGGCGCAGGAGGGCUCCCCGAGUUCAGAAGUAUACCCCUUCACAAAUGGCAUAGAGAACCGCGACGGCAGCGGGCCGCCGUCUGAUGAAUUGGGUGUGAGACUGAUUGAGACAUACUCAGAGAGAGUCGAUUCAAGAUACCCCUUUCUCGAUCUAGAAGAGGUCUUAGAAUGGCACCGGAACAGAGAAAGCUUCUCCCAUCUUGGUCCUGAGUCGUUGACAGCGAGCCAGCAAUUUGGAUUGUUCAAACUGUACCUCGUAUAUGCUGUUGGGUCUGGCCUACUCAGUUUGACCGAGAAGGAGGCGUCUCUACCAGCGCCGGAGACGUUCUAUAUGACAGCGAUACACCAUAUAUCCUCAGCACGAGAGCCACGAUCACUAGAAAACAUCGAAGCCAUGGUCCUUCUCGUUAUAUUCCACCUCCGCUCAUCAAUAAGCCAAGAGCUAUGGUAUCUCAUCGGAUUUGCCAUGCGUACCUGCAUCCACCUAGGACUAUACCUAUCACGGAGCGAAGCCGACCUCCCUUUCGCGGUUAUUCAAAAGCGCCGGAAGUUAUUCUGGACCGUCUACUCUCUAGAGCGCAACAUAUCCAUCGCACUCGGGUACCCAGUCAGUCUCCCCGAUCGCCUGAUCGACGUGGAGAUGCCGACCGUGAUACAAGCGGACGACCACAAAUUACAGCAAGUCAUACACCUGUUCCAGCUCAGAAGAAUCGAGUCCCGCAUUCACCAUUCCCAAUACCGCAAUGAUCGCACAUUACAGCAGCUUCUCCCUAAGGUUCGCGGCUAUUACCAAGAACUGCAAGAAUGGAAAGAGAGUCUACUGGCAUCGGUAGGCGCAGAGAACGAUCGUAAUCCAGACUACUUACUACUCCACUACCACCGAGCCAUCCGUCUCCUCAUGCAACCUUUCCUAUCCAUCCUGCCGAGCUCCGAUCCAUAUUUCAAAGCUUGCUUGGAGUCCGCCGGUCAGAUCUGCCAACUCCACAAAAAACUCCAUCAGAACGCGGCUUAUGGACAUAGCUUCAUCGCCGUGCAGACUGUCUUCGUUUCCGGCAUCAUGAUGUUAUAUUGUCUAUGGACCCACGAGAAUGUCUGGAGUGUGCGACUGAGCAACAAUAUCCGAGCUUGCUCCAGCGUACUCUUCGUCAUGGGCGAGAGGACUCCCUGGGUACGUCGGUACCGCGAUGCAUUCGAGGCCUUGGUGAGCAUAACUAUGGAGAGACUGGAAACGCGACAAGAGUGUGAGGCUCGGGAUAUUGCUAGCAUUAUGCAGGAUGUUCCGAUGCAGGAUACGAGUGUCCCGUCAUUUCAGCAGCCACCUAUGACUCGAGAUAGGGGUGUCUCAAAUGGCGAGUUUCCGGCGAUGGCUGGCCCUGGGCUGGCUCAGGGUGAGCCUAUGCCGCCUGCAUUGCAGGUCUUGCAGGAUAGGUGGAUGGAAUUUGAUACGUUAGCGGUUGUGAAUGAACUGGUCACUUGGGUGGAUCCUAACACUCCCUCGGCUGAAACGCCUUGGAUGCCGGGUUUCGGUGGCUUUGCGGAUACCAGUUGGGAGGGUUGGCAGCUACCAUAA